GGCGCGAGCGCGAGCGCGACCGGGACGGUGGUCUCGGCGGGCAGCUGCGGCGAGUCGCCUCGGUCGACGCGACGCCGACCUCGCUGCCGACCUCGCGCGAGAUCCCCGACGACGCCGUCGCAGCCUCGACGGCCGCGCCGGGCAAGGUGACGGCGUCGAGCCCCGCCGCCACGAGCGGCAGCACCGCCGACGUCGAGCGCAACAACUCGGUCUCGUCGACGACGUCGUCGUCCGGGACGGGCACCAACUCGUCGUCGUCGCACGCGCACGGCAUGCAGGUCAUCGACACGCCGCCGUCGUCGAUCCCGCCCUCGCCCGACUUUGGCACGGUCGAGCUCGCCGACGCGCUCUGCCCGCCGCCGCCGCCGUCGUUGGGCUCGGGCAACAAGGCCGCAUUCCCUCACGCCUGGGCUCGGUGGUCGACCGUGUCGGACGGCGUGUCGAACGUGUUCCGCAUCCGCCGUCGCAAGAGCACGCUCGGCCUCGUCCCGCCGGCGUUCCCGACCCGCACGUCGCCGUCGGCGUCCGACGAGAGCUUGACGCUGCGCAGCCCGACGAUCCACGCGAGCGACACGGCCUCGUCGUCGCCGAGCCUCGUGCCGGCGAGCGCAGCCGUCAAGCUUCAACGUCGCGCGUCGACGACCAUCUCGGGCCUGUUCUCGAGCAAGAAGCGCAUGCACUCGAGCCCGUCGCUCGCCGGGUCGGGCGGCUACUUCGGUGGCAGCGGCCCGAGUUCGUCGAGCCCGCACCUGCCCCUGAGUCGCACCUCGACCAACAGCGGCAGCAGCAGCCAGGCGACGUCUCCGCAGAACUCGCCCGACUAGCUGCCGACGACGCUCGAGCGAGCUCGAGUCGCGAGCUCGCGUCGGCCUCUUCAUCGUCUCGUCGGCUAGUACAUCAUCUUCGCGUUCAAG